ACAGAGAAACCCUGUCUCAAAACAAAACCAACCAACCAACCAAAAAACAGAAAAGAAUAAAGGGGGUUGUGUGUGGAGGCUUAGGUUUGAAGCUGGCCUUUUGGUUCACGAAGCUGCUGUCUAAACCACUCAGAUGGAAGCUGUUCUUAUCCUUGUUUUACAGUAGCAAAACCAGAGAGGAUUGAGACCAGGGGAAGGUAUGGUGCGUGGAGUGCAGGGAAUCAAUUUAGAGGAGAGUUUAAGCACCUCUCUCCACACCCCAGGUCCUCAGGGAAUUAGUCUUGGAAGAGAAAGCAGGUGCAUGAAGUCAGUCUGAGGAUGGCUAGGGAGGUGUGUGAAGAUCCAGGAAAAGAUGGCCGUACGGUUGGGAGGAGACUGGCAAUGACCCCGAGUCCACACAGGCUAGAGGAAAGCAGAUGGAUGGGUGGAGUGACAGGCGAGCUAAGAAUGCUGUUGGUGUUAGGAGCAUGGAUCUAGUUCCCUUUGCUUGUUACUCACGGGCUCUCUUUGCUCAGUCCCCAUCCUCUUCUUCGCAGGGUCUCCCUUCUUUCCACCGACCAGAGAUGGAGGCAAACCAGGCAGGCAGCGCUGCUGGGGGUGGCGGGAGCAGCGGCAUCGGGGGCGAGGACGGGGUCCACUUCCAGAGUUACCCAUUUGACUUCCUGGAGUUCCUCAACCACCAGCGCUUUGAGCCCAUGGAGCUAUACGGGGAACACGCCAAGGCAGUGGCAGCCCUGCCCUGUACCCCGGGGCCCCCGCCCCAGCCCCCACCCCAGCCUCCUCCACCCCAGUAUGACUACCCACCCCAGUCCAGUUUCAAACCCAAGGCGGAGGCUCCUUCCUCAUCAUCAUCUUCAUCCUCAUCUUCCUCAUCUUCGUCUUCCUCAUCCUCUUCCCAAGCCAAGAAGAUGGAUCCGCCGUUGCCACCCACCUUCGGGGCGCCGCCCCCUCCACUCUUUGAUGCUGCCUUCCCUGCUCCACAAUGGGGAAUAGUCGACCUCUCUGGACACCAGCACCUGUUUGGGAACCUGAAACGAGGUGGGCCCACACCUGGGCCUGGAGUAGCAUCAGGACUGGGCACUCCCACUGGGACUCCAGGGCCACUUCCCACACCCUCGCAGACCUCGCCUGGGACCACAGUGGGGGCAGCCUGCGACCCAACCAAGGACGACAAGGGCUAUUUCCGAAGGCUGAAGUACCUGAUGGAGCGGCGCUUCCCGUGCGGUGUUUGCCAGAAGUCCUUUAAACAGUCCUCACAUCUGGUCCAGCACAUGCUAGUGCACUCCGGGGAACGACCAUAUGAAUGCGGCAUCUGUGGCCGCACCUACAACCAUGUCUCCAGUCUCAUCCGCCACCGACGCUGCCACAAGGAUGUGCCACCCACACCAACUGGGGGUACGCCACAGCCUGGGCCCGCACUUCCUUCACUGGGCCUCCCGGUACCCACAGCCAGUGCCACAGCCAGCUCUGACCCCACCGCAGUGUCCUCUGGCCCCUCAGCCACCCCUGCAACGCCUGCCACCUCCACUGAUGGGAACACCACCCCUGCUGCCCCACCCGGGGUGGCCAUGCCUCCCUCCGCCACUACUGGUGGGGAGGGCCCAUUUGCCUGCUCCCUCUGCUGGAAGGUCUUCAAGAAGCCUAGCCACCUCCACCAGCAUCAGAUCAUCCACACGGGUGAAAAACCCUUCUCCUGCUCCGUGUGCAGCAAAAGCUUCAACCGGAGGGAGAGCCUCAAGCGGCAUGUGAAAACGCACUCGGCCGACCUGCUGCGCCUGCCCUGUGGCAUCUGUGGCAAGGUCUUCCGCGAUGCCUCCUACCUCCUCAAGCACCAGGCGGCCCACGCAGCAGCCGGGACCCCGAGGCCGGUGUACCCCUGCGACCUGUGCGGGAAAACAUACUCCGCGCCGCAGAGCCUGCUGCGACACAAGGCUGCCCACGCGCCACCUGUGGCCACCGAGCCGGCCAAGGACGGGGCAGCCUCUGUCCCACAGCCACCUCCCCCUUUCCCCCCAGGCCCUUAUCUCUUGCCAGCGGACCCAUCCACUACAGAUGAGAAAGCCACGGCGGCCGCAGCGGCUGUGGUGUAUGGUGCGGUGCCUGUCCCACUUCUCAGCGCACAUCCGCUUCUGCUCGGCAGUGCGGGGAAUGGCGGUGCUGGCGGCCCGGGCGCGGGCGGCCCGGGCAAGACGUUCUGCUGCGGUAUCUGUGGGCGCGCGUUUGGGCGCCGAGAGACCCUGAAGCGCCACGAGCGCAUUCACACCGGCGAGAAGCCCCACCAGUGCCCGGUGUGUGGCAAGCGUUUCCGGGAGUCCUUCCAUCUGAGCAAGCACCACGUGGUGCACACCCGAGAGCGGCCCUACAAGUGCGAGCUGUGCGGCAAGGUCUUCGGGUACCCGCAGAGUCUCACACGCCACCGCCAGGUGCAUCGGCUCCAACUGCCCUGCGCCCUGGCCGGAGCCACAGGCCUUGCCACCGGCCAGGGGACUGGGGCCUGUGGACCCGGAGCUGCGGGCACUUCAGGUGGGCCGGCCGACCUGAGCUACGCCUGCUCAGACUGCGGGGAACAUUUCCCGGAUCUCUUCCACGUCAUGAGUCACAAGGAAGUUCACAUGUCAGAGAAGCCGUACGGCUGUGACGCCUGCGGCAAGACGUUCGGUUUCAUCGAGAACCUCAUGUGGCACAAGCUGGUUCACCAGGCCGCCCCGGAGCGCCUUCUCACGCCAACAUCCAGUGGCCCCCAGUCCUCUGAUGGCGGCGGCAGCAGCAGCAGCAGCGGCGGCACCGAUGCAUCCAGCGUGCUGGACAACGGACUGGCCGGAGAGGUGGGGACGGCUGUGGCAGCGCUGGCUGGGGUGUCUGGGGGCAGCGAGGAUGCGGGUGGGGCGACGGUGGCCGGAUCGGGUGGCGGGACCAGUUCAGGCGCUGAGCGCUUCAGCUGUGCCACAUGCGGCCAAAGCUUCAAGCAUUUCCUGGGCCUGGUGACUCAUAAGUUGAGUGAGGACUUGCCAUGUCCCGGGCAUUAGCCUAUGAAUUGGGCAAGUGGAGAGGAGUGAAACAGGGAAGUCGAACUCUCAGGAACUGAUUUGAGAUCCCGAGACUCCCCUCCAUGAUGCUCUCAGCCACCAUGACCGGAAGCCUCCUGUCUGCCAAGCCCUGACCUGGGCACUAGGGAAACUGAUGAAUUGAUUGGACAUGCCAUUCACACUCCAGUAGGAGAGCACACUGGGAGAGCAUACCUGUGGAACUUAAGAGUCUGCAGACUUACUGGAGAUGGUCUCAUGGAGUCUAGGCUAGCUAUGGACUUGCUUUGUAGGUAAAGAUAGGCUUGAUUUUUUUUUUUUUCCCUCUGAGACACGGUCUCUUUAUGUAAUCCUUGGCUCUCCUGGAACUCUGUAGACCAGACUGGCCUUGAAUUUACAGAAAUCCACCUGCCUCUGCCUCUCUGGUGCUGAGAUUA